CGGCCAGUGCCAAUCCGUUGGAUUUAAGGAAAGCGGGAGCUAAUCUUAUCCGGCCAAAAAGAUCCCAGCUCAAAAUUAUUUUCGAGCUCUUUUCCUACCUCACCAAGACACCGUUUUUGCGCCAAUCCAUCAAACCCGCAACAAUGGUUACCAAAAGCAAGCUCAAGAUGGCCCUUGCCCAUGAGAAGGGCACCGACUACAAGCAACUCAAUUUGAAAAAGAAAGAGAAGCUUACGCGCAAAAAGUCGAAGAAGGGCGGGGAGAAGUCUGCGAAAAAGACGGACGAGGAAUGGGAGGAUGUUGACGAGGUCGAUGAAGAGAAGGACGAUGAUGACCCGGAGAAAGAUAUCGCUGGAGACGAGGCAGGAAGCGAUGAGGAGGAGGAUGCUGCGACAAUGCAGGUAUGUUGAAAUUCGGAAGUCGCUCAGUAAGACCGCUAACAACCCCGCAGAUUGAUUUUGCAGGCAUCGAUGAAAGCGAUAGCGAUUCUUCUGCUGGGGAGAAUGAUCAAGAUAACUCGGAUUCAGAAGAUGAAGAUGACGAAGACAUUCCAGUGUCCGACCUCGAAGACCUUUCCGAUGACGAAAAAGAAGAUAUAAUCCCCCAUCAGCGCCUUACCAUAAACAAUACCGUGGCCCUCACAGCAGCCUUAAAACGAAUCGCGCUACCUGUGGCUAAAAUGAGCUUCGCCGAACAUCAGUCAAUUACUACUUCCGAGCCAGUCGCAAUCGAGGAUGUAUCCGAUGAUUUGAAGCGCGAGUUAGCAUUCUAUGCGCAAUCCCUUUCUGCUGCUCAGCAGGCACGAAAACUACUCAAGAAUGAGGGUGUGCCAUUUACAAGACCGAAGGAUUACUUUGCAGAGAUGGUCAAGGCAGAUGAACACAUGGCAAAGAUCAAAGCGAAGCUCAUCGAGGAGGCAGCAGGCAAGAAGGCUAGCGCGGAAGCUAGAAAACAGAGAGAUCUGAAGAAAUUCGGAAAGCAGGUACAAGUUGCGAAACAGCAAGAGCGGGAUAAAGAACGCAAAACGACUUUGGAUAAAAUCAAGGAUUUGAAGAGAAGUGAGUUUUCUUUACAUUUUAUCAUCUCUAGCAUCGCGAAACUAAUUGUAUUCCCACAGAGCGUCAAGGUGCAGACAACGUUGCGACCAAUGAGGUGGAUCUCUUUGAUGUCGCUCUCGAAGACGAGACUUCAAAAUCCAACUCCCGCAAAAACCGAGAAGGGCCCAAUAAGCGCCAGAAGAAGGACGACAAAUACGGACACGGUGGAAAGAAGAGGUUCAAGAAGAGUGGUGAUGCAAUGAGCAGUGGCGAUUUGAAGGGAUUUUCAAGCAAGAAGAUGAAGGGAGGAGCCGCGAAACGACCAGGGAAGGCGAGAAGAGCCGGCGGAAAGAGGUGAUGAAGGGUCGCAUUGUAUCACAUGGGUGCUUGUUAUGGGAAAGAAAAUUAAGGGAUGGCGUUCUGGUAUCGCCUGUAUGAAAUGCUUUUGUACAGAU